GCGCCGCGCCGGCGCCGGGCGGCAGGAUGGGCUGUAUCCAAAGCAUCACCUGCAAGGCGCGGAUCCGGCGCGAGAACAUCGUGGUGUACGAUGUGUGCGCCACCAUCGACCAGUGCCCCACGCGUAUCGAGGAGACCUCGCCCAUCGUCCUGCGCUACAAGACCCCUUACUUCAAAGCCUCGGCCCGUGUGGUCAUGCCCCCCAUCCCCCGCCACGAGACCUGGGUGGUGGGCUGGAUCCAGGCGUGCAACCAGAUGGAGUUCUUCAACACCUACAGCGACCUGGGCAUGUCAAGCUGGGAACUGCCUGACUUGAGGGAAGGGAGAGUAAAAGCCAUCAGUGACUCAGAUGGGGUAAGCUACCCAUGGUACGGCAACACCACAGAAACUGUGACCCUGGUGGGCCCCACCAACAAGAUCUCCAGGUUCUCCGUCAGCAUGAACGACAAUUUCUACCCCAGCGUGACGUGGGCAGUGCCAGUGAGCGACAGCAACGUGCCGCUGCUCACGAGAAUCAAAAGGGACCAAAGUUUUACCACGUGGCUGGUGGCCAUGAAUACCACCACCAAGGAGAAAAUCAUUCUGCAAACUAUCAAGUGGAGGAUGAGAGUGGACAUUGAAGUGGACCCUCUUCAGCUGUUGGGGCAGCGGGCCCGGUUAGUGGGCAGGACUCAGCAGGAGCAGCCCCGGAUCCUGAGCCGGAUGGAACCCAUCCCCCCUAACGCACUAGUAAAGCCUAAUGCCAACGAUGCCCAGGUCCUCAUGUGGAGGCCUAAGCGGGGGCCACCUCUGGUUGUGAUACCUCCUAAGUAAAAGUAGACUGCCCCAACUGUGUGUGGGGGAAUACAGGCCACUGAGACGUGCAGUGGGAUUGCCAGGGGUGGCAGGAGCCAAACUGAGUUUCUGAGCCAAAGUAGACCUCUUGGGUUUGCCAGCCUUUGCAGCGACUUGUGAAGACACAGCUGCUCCUUGGGUGGUAGAACCAUAGCCCUUAGGAAAAGCCCUUUCCUCUUAGGAAUAAAGAAAUCACUGAUCUGACAGACUCGCUGUGAUUACCAUGCAAGUAGCCAUAUUUUGGAGCUGACCAGGACGAUUCUUUUAAUUUGAACUAUUGGCCAUUUCUUUCCUGUGAGAUGCAGGGGAUGGAAAUGAGACUAAAUAGUGCCUGUGGCAGAUGCUGCUGCUUCCCAGCCAAUUAGAAGCGAGAGUGAAAGCAUCCACACCAGGUGUUCGUAAGACAGUCUCCUUGUAUGACUGGAGGGUGCUGGGGAAUUGGGUGAAAGAUACUGGGUGAUGGGAGAGAGGAGAAGAAGGUGUUACCACAGAUUGACAUCAAAUAGUAGUCGGUGGUCAGAUUGUCAACACACUGGAAUGAAAGAAACACUUAGGAAGCUGGAAUCGUGGUGCCCGUGCGCUUGGCACCGGUUGAGAG